GACGUUUAUUUUGAAAAACGGUACAAGGAAAUGGCCCCGAACAAAUAUUCGCGAUAGUCAUUCACGAGGACUGGUGUCAAGCAGGCAGACUACGGAUGUGUAUGAUGGUGAUAUGGUCGUAAGCCGUUAACUCUACGCAUUGUUGACCAUGUCUCCAUCAAUUCCACUGCAGGAGAUGAUCCGGGCCAUUAGGUCAGCCAGGACUCAGUGCGAAGAGCGGGGUGUCAUCCAGAGGGAAUGCGCUGCCAUCCGGGCACAAUUCAGACAAUCUGACAACGACGGUCGGUCUCAUAACCUUGCCAAGCUUCUCUAUGUGCACAUGCUUGGCUACCCCGCACAUUUUGGUCAGAUGGAGUGUGUUCGGAUGAUCGCCAGCCCUCGCUACAGUGAAAAGCGUGUCGGAUACCUUGGGGCCAUGAUGCUGCUGGAUGAGAAGCAGGAUGCCAGUUUACUCAUCACCAAUUCCAUAAAAAAUGACCUGUCUCACAGCAGCCAGUACGUUCAGUCACUGGCUCUGUGCACACUCGCCUGUAUUGGCUCCUCUGAGAUGUGCAAAGAUCUUGCCCCUGAGAUUGACAGGCUGCUUCGGGCAUCCAAUUCUUACAUUAAGAAGAAGGCCGCAUUGUGUGCCAUCCACAUUGUUAGAAAGGUUCCAGAUCUCGGGGAGCUCUUUAUUCCGACAGCUCGCUCUCUCCUGUCAGAGAAGCACCACGGUGUGCUCCAUGGUGCUGUCGUGCUCAUCACUGUGCUGUGUGAGUGUAAUCCAGAGACCCUGGAGCGCUUCAGAAAGGCCGUUCCAGAUCUGGUUCGCAUUAUGAAGAGCUUGGUAACUUCCGGUUACUCUCCAGAGCAUGACGUGGCAGGGAUCAGUGAUCCUUUCCUACAGGUCCGCAUCCUGAGACUGCUGAGAAUCCUCGGGCGCAACAACGAGGCAUCAAGCGACACCAUGAAUGAUCUGCUAGCUCAGGUAGCUACCAACACAGAUAGCACAAAAACUGUGGGCAAUGCUGUUCUGUAUGAGACCGUUCUCACCGUGCUGGACAUCAAGUCAGAAAGUGGCCUCAGGAUCCUGGCUGUGAACAUCCUUGGCCGCUUCCUCCUGAAUAACGACAGGAACAUUCGAUACAUUGCCAUGACCUCCCUCCAAAAAAUUGUUGGGACAGAUCACAUUGCUGUGCAGCGUCACAGAGGAACCAUCGUGGACUGCUUGAAGGACCCGGAUGCUUCCGUCAAACGCCGCGCGUUAGACCUCUCCUUAGCGUUGGUGUCCGCCAGCAACAUCCGCUCCAUGAUGAAAGAGCUGCUUGUGUUCCUCUCCUGCUGCCCGCCUGAACUCAGAGCUGAAGCUACCAGCGGUAUAUUCCACGCCGCAGAGAGGUACGCACCCUCCCAGCGCUGGCACAUUGACACCAUCCUGCAUGUCCUCACCACGGCUGGAGGUGAUGUAAGAGACGAAACCGUCCCCAACCUGAUUCUGCUUAUCACCAACGCUUCUGAGCUUCACUGUUACACCGUCCACAAGCUUUACCGAGCGCUGCUCACUGACAUCUCUCAGCAACCGCUGGUUCAGGUGGCCUGCUGGUGCGUUGGAGAGUAUGGGGACCUGCUACUCAGAGGAGAGUGUCAAGAGAUGGAGCCCAUUGAGGUGACUGCAGACAGCGUACUGGAUGCCUUGGAAACCGUUCUCCAGUCUCACAUGUCCACCCCGACGACAAGGGGCUUUGCUCUCACCGCCACCAUGAAACUGAGCACUCGUAUCAAUGACAACGUCGAUCGAAUCAGAAGCAUUGUAAGCAUUUACGGCAGCUGUAUCGACGUGGAGCUCCAGCAGAGGGCAGUGGAAUACAAUGCGCUCUUCAAAAAAUAUGACCACAUGAGGGCAGCAGUGCUGGAGAGAAUGCCUGUGAUUGAGAGGAACUCUCCGGGCCAUCGCAAUGGGGACUCGAUGGGGGACGUCAUCACAGAGGUGGAGGUGGACAAGGUGAAGCGGAGAGAGCCCCCGCUGCCACAAUCGCCAGCUAACCAGGUAUGUAACCUUUUGGACCUGCUCGGGGACUCCGAGGAAUCCGUUCAGGCCGGUCCGGCUCAGGGUGGAACCGUAACCGUCCAGUCCACAAACACAGCCAAGCCUGCUGGAGAGGACCUUCUGGAUCUGUUGGGAGGCUUUGAGCCCACCCCUCUGGCGCCAGCGCCUGCAGUAACAGUGUACGAGAAGAACGGUGUCACUUUGACUCUCGGCUGUGAGAAACACUCCGACUCCGGCGUGACAGUGACCCUGAAAGGCUGCAACUCCUCUGACUCGGACGUCACUAGCUUUGCUCUCCAAGCAGCUGUGCCAAAGAGUGUCCACUUGCACAUGAAGGCCCCCAGCGGAGACACUCUUCCUGCAGGAGGUUUAGCUCAUGUGACCCAGUUGGUACUUCUCGACAAUCCAAGCAAGGUCAACCUUAAAAUGAGGAUUCGGAUAUCUUACUCAAGUGGAGGAUCUUCCAUUCAGGACACAGUUCAGAUUGAUUCCUUUCCUGGGCUUUCCUGAUUGGCGCCUGUCAUUCAACCAUCAGACCUCCACACUACCAUUCCUCACAUUCCUGAUUUGGUUGAAAUUUGAUCAAGAGCACAUCCUCAUCACCGAUUUGAUAUUGCACUCUCCACUUUGGAAUACUGAGAAACAAUCCAAAGUGUUGGUGUUUCCCAAUGUUGACUGGCUAUCAAAUGUUACCUUCGGUGUACUGUUCAGGGUUUUUACCAAGACUGUCGUUGAUUUUAUCUUCCAAGGUGAUUUUGUUUUUUGUUUCUUUGACUUAAAGAUGUCGAAUGUCUUGUAGCACUCCAUUUGCACUCACUCCAUAUCGCUCUUAAAUGAAAUGGUAAACACUAAACCACUCCCAGAUGAACCGUCACUAUACCACCGUAUUGACAAGCAACUCCCAGCUCCUAUCUUCUCCUGUGCCUUUCAUUCUAUUUGUUCCCCCAUUUUUUUCCCCCUAUUUUGGAAUCAUGUCAUGACAGUACAAUCGGAAAUUCAAUUACUUUAUCAAUCAUGCAAAACCUUUGAACAAUAGCCCUUUGUUGACACACACUUUCAAUACGUUUUAAGCGACCGUAUUGUAUAAACUGUAAACAAUAUAUUUUGUUUUAAAGAUCAACGCACAUCUCUUUUUAAAAGAAAAGAGGGCUAGAGUACGUUUGGUAGUCCUUAAAGUUCUGGAAAUCCUGAAUGUCUGUUGUGGUGUUAGUUAUUCAUACUGUUGCAGAUCUAAGAAAACUAUUUCAAGU